UCAGAGAAAAAAAAAAUAUUAGUCUUGUUCUACUAUUCGACGAAAUCGGGCAAUAUGAUCAAACUGGUGAUAGCUUUCACUUUAAUGACAGCAGCACUGGCUGCCAUUACACCAACACCACCAGGGAAAAUUAUUGCAAUUCUUCGGUCAUCGAGUGAUAUUGCUCCAGAUGGUAGCAGUUAUAAAUACGACUAUGAGACCGAAAAUGGAAUAUCUGUAGAAGAAAGUGGUAGUCUGGCAGGCAAUGGACCCGAUGCUGCACUAACUGCAGUUGGAUCAUACAAGUUCACUCUUCCUGACGGAACUCCAGCUGAGGUAGCUUACAUUGCUGGUCCCGAUGGAUUCCAGCCUACUGGAAAUAUAAUACCAACUCCACCUCCAAUUCCAGAAGCGAUUCAAAGAGCUCUUGCAUACAAUGAAGCCCAUCCCGAACAAGAUUCUUCCGAACCUGUCGGUCACAAAGGAUUCCUUUUAACUUCAUUUUAAAUGUAGAAUAGUACGAAUGUUGCUUAUUUAAUGCCAUAAAUAAUAUAUGUAUUAAAAGAUACAUAAAUCCUUUUACUGUGCAGUUGCUUAACUUAGUUUACAUAGUUACCAAUUCGGUUUAUGACCCUUUUUAAUAAAUAUAGUCUAAAGAA